CCUCACCAUCCCCAGUUCUGGUCGGAUUCUCUUGGUGCCAAAAUGGGUAACGACGGCGGCAGUAUCCCGACCCGUCGCGAGCUCGUCCGCGAAGCCGCCCGCACUCCCAGCACGGCACAAGUAAAAGAAGCCCAGCGCGAAUUACACGAACACUUCUGGACUACCUGUCCGCUGUCGCACAAGCAAUUAAUACGGCCUAUUGUCUCUGACAGUGUCGGGAAUCUCUACAACAAAGACGCAGUCCUCGAAUUUCUGCUCCCCGCCGAAGAGAUCGAUGGCAUCAGCUCCAAAGCCGACUGCGAGGAGAUUCUUGGUGGCCGGGUGAAGGGCCUCCGAGACGUCGUUGAGCUGAAGUUCGAAGUCGAUACCGAGCGCGAAGCUUGGAUCUGUCCCGCCACGGCCAAGCAGCUGGGCCCGAAUGUCAAGUCGGUUUACCUGGUUCCAUGCGGGCACGUAUUCUCCGAGGAAGCUAUUCGCCAACUGAGGGGCGAUAAGUGCUUACAGUGCGAUGAGCCCUAUACUUCGGACAAUGUGAUCCCGAUUCUCCCGACGAAAGACACCGAUAAACAACAGCUCAUUAGGCGCGGACAGAAGCUUGCCGAGCAGGGCCUCACGCAUUCGUUGAAGAAGGCUCCCGGUUCGAAGAAGCGCAAGAAGCAUGCCAACGGCGACGCGAUCGAAGCGGGAGCCACCGCGGACAAAGAAUUAAAGCCGGCAACAUCGGGUGCGGGCUCCAGGGAGCAGUCUGCGACUGCGAGUCGAAGCAAAACAUCGACCCCUACUCCUGGUGCAUCGAGUGGCAUCAAGAAUGCAGCCACGGCUCUGUUGACGGCUCGGGUCCUGGAGGAGGAAAACGAGAAGAAAAAGCGGCGGAAGAUGCUAGGUGCUAACGACAACAUCAGCAGUCUCUUCACAAAGGACUCCAAGGACACGCAAGCGAAAAAUACCGACUUCAUGACAAGAGGUUUUAGUGUCCCUGCGGCAGCCAGGAAGUAAUUUGAUUUUGGUGCUCGCCUUCAUAUCCAGUUGCGGGUUUCAAAAGGCGUACGGGGUUUUGGGUGCCGGCUACGGAACUGGAUCUUUUUUUUUGCUAGUAUGAUUGAAAUAUGAAAGGCUAUCACUUGUAUGAUAAGUAUCGUUCUAUAACGUGCCAGUGAACAAAAUGAAAGACGUC